UAGGUCUUAAAAUUACUCUGUGACCCUAAUUGAAAAAUGUUUGGUAUUAUUUCGCAUUAAUUCUUUCAUCUAUACGCGACAUCUUCUACGAAAUGUGUAUCACUCGCACGAAAUACAGUACAGCUGUUGUCAAUGGUAUUUUAAUUCGAGUUUACGUAUUGGUUACAUAUAUCGUUUAAAAUUAUACCUCCUUUUAUCAGUUUAUACGAACCAUCGAGCUAACGGUGCGCUUGUUUUAACAAUGUAAGUGUUUACAUUAUUUACACUCUGUUCGAUAAACUUGCUGUUGAUUUGUUUCUGGAAAAAAUAUGCGAUUCAAUUGUAUCGCGAUUAAGCAAUAGAAAUUUCAAUUGUCACAUUUGACUUUGUUACUAGCGUUUAUGCAAUAGAAACAAUACAUUUACAGGUGUGUAUACAUUUUAAAUUACAAGGAUGUUCGAAUUGAAAUAUGAAUAUUUUAUACGAAAUUCGUUUUAUUUUUUUAUUUUUUUUAUUUAACAGCGCGUAUUAAAUAACUAUCGAAGUAAUGUAUACACUUGAAAUAUUCUUUUCGGAAAAUUGAUCAGGAAUUAGAAUACUAGUAUUUUUAUUAUUUAAGACUGAAGAAUUUAUUAUCUUGAAACAUUUAACUCAAAUUAAUUUUAUCAAUUCCUGUAAUACCGAUCCAAUCGCCAUUUGCCGGCGUUAUUCCAAUUACGAUUUGAUUGUAAACGAAUUGUAUACGAAUAGGAAAUAUUAAUUUAUUCUGUAUUCCAAUCUACCAAUUAUAUUUAGUAUCGUCAAAGUAUUAAUAGAAAGUACGAGAUUUUCAGUUGUUAUUAUUAAGACUUUCAUAUUGUUGUGUUUGAACAUAAAUAAGCCCAGUGAUGGAUAGAGACGAAGUGAUAAAGAAUUUACGAGCAUGUCUCAUAUCUUCAAAGGGCGGUGUAAAAAUACAAAAUUUGUGUAAAGAUUAUCAGUUACUUAUCGACGAAAGUAUACCAUUCAGAAAGCUUGGAUUUUCAUCAUUGGUGGCUUUUCUGCGUACUGUUCCUGGUAUUAAAACCAUUGAUAAGGGAUCAGAAUGUUAUGUGGAGGCGGUGCCUACUGAAGAAUCGGCUCAUAUUUCUAAGUUAAUAGCACGACAAAAGACAGUGUCUAAGAAACCUUCUAGAAAAUUGAUGUAUGGUCGUAGACCAACUCCGCAACGCCAACCUAUGAUAAGAAAACAUAUUCCUAUUACAAAAAGUGUUAAUGAUAAUAGAUAUUCGCACAUAUAUGGAAGACAAAAUUCAUGUGUUCCUGCAAUGUCUGUGCCACCAACAAAAAUUACAUUUUAUCAAAACAAUGAGAAACCAAGAUUCAUACAAACUGAUUUUGGAAAUCCACCAAGUUCUCCAAGUAAAAGACUGAAUGAUAAACAAAGGAAUCCCGUUUUACAAACAAACCAAAGCUUUAAUAAGCCUAUCAAUGAUUCUUGUUUAAAGAAAACUGAAAAGGUAGUAGCGCCUGUGAUAAGUCAAAAACCAAAGACUAUUAAUAACAAUGUGGAAAUUCUUCCAAAAGAAAAACCUUCGAGUAUAAGUGAAAGACUCAAAGUUAAAUAUGCUAUACCCGCACUGCUUAGUUUACAAACAAAUCCACCUCCACUGUACUCUGAAGUGUUGUCACCUCUCUCACCUGGACAAGUUUGCGGAAAUGAUAGCCAUUUACAGCUUCCAAGGAAUACGUCGACACCAUUAUCUACUCCUCUUAGGACUGUGCCAAAAAUACAGCCCAAUGAUCCGCGAGACGAGUUGAGAAGGAAAGCUAUUAUGUUAAAGUUUCCAGAACCUGUGUAUCAAAUUUGUCCUGCAGCGAUUAAUAAUACGAAAAAAGCUGUAUUUGCACAAGUUAAGAUCAGCUCACAUUUAAGUUUUUCAAGUUAUCCGGAAGAAGCAUAUACGGAAGAUGAUGCACAAAAAAUUGCAGCAAGAAUUGCUUUGAUUGAACUUGAUAAAAUGUUACCAUCCUCUAAACUUGAUCAAACUACAAAUAGUGAAAUAAUAAAAGGCAGAAUUAUGAAUAUUGUAGACGCUCAUCCCAACGGUAUUUUCAUGCAUCGGAUGCCCGUGUAUUAUACAGAACAAUAUAAAGAAAUUUUACCAAUAAAUUGGGAGAAAAUUAUCGAAGAGUAUCCAGCAAUUGUUCUAGAAAAAGGUGUCGAUAAUUCAGUAAUUUUGCGUCGAUUUGUUUCGUCCCCUGAAAAGAUACGAAACAUUACUCCCCCGAAAGCAGAUAAAAUACUAUUAAAUUCAAUUGGUCCAGCUGAACCUGGAAAAUUAGAAUUACCAAAAGACGAUUUCUGGUGUGUAUACAUUACAUCUGUUAUGAGUACUACUGAAGUGUGGGGCAGGCUUGUAGGAGAGUUGUACAGUGAUCAAUUAGAACUUAUGGAAACCGAAAUGGCUCAAUAUUACAACGGAGUUCGUCCUAUUAAACAAUCCUUGAUCGAAGUUGGCAAUUACUAUGUUGUUUUUCAAGGCGAGUCAUGGCAUAGAGUUCACUGUAUCGAUUAUAAUAUUAGUACUGGAAAUGCUACAGUUUUAUUUAUUGAUUAUGGGGCCGAAGAUACUAUCCAUUACAGUAAAUUAUUACCACUGGAUAAAAGGUUUUGUGUGCUUCCUGCUCAGGCAUUAAGAUUUUGUCUUGCCGGAUUGGAAGACUUUAGCGAGUGUGAUAGUAUUCUGCCUCAAAUUGAAAAGUUUCUACUUGAUCACGUAUUGUACGCUGAGGUAGUUGAGCACGAAAAAAAUGAGAACGAACCGUGUUUUACAGUUGUGUUUUACGAUGCAAAUGGACCAGAAGAUAUUAAUAUAAAUAUAGAAUUGUCAAAACAAAUUUUACACACAGUAGCGGUUCCUAAGUUAGAUAACGGUAAACGCAUACACGAAGUAUUCAUUUCUCACGUCGAACCCAAUGGUGAUGUUUUCGUCCAAGUACAAUCUAAGAGUAUGAAGAUCUUAGUCUGUUUGUUGAAUCGAUUAAUAUGUACUGGAUUAAACACGGAAGAGUUGAAAAAAUGUUCUGUCACUACAAUCGACUUUAAUAAAACAUACUUUGUGUCGGAGAACAAUAAUUGGUACAGAGGAAAAAUUGUGAGUAACAGUCGCAAUCAAUUACGAGCGUAUCUAAUUGAUUUUGGUAAGACUGUUACUACGUCGCUUAGUAAUCUCCUGUCUUUGGAAACCCUAUCCGAUGUUUUAGCGAAAUAUCCAGCUCAGGCAUUGAAAGUACACCUUCACAACAUUGAUAAAUCAAUGUUCGAUGAAAAGAUGGUUACGAAACUUCGAGAAAUCGCUCCAGAUGAUGAACCACUGCUUAUAAAAGUUGUAUCAUUUGAAAAUGAUUUACCAGUUGUGGAAUUGUUCAACCGAAUUCAACAAGAUGAUUCCAAGAUACUCGGUUCCAUCAAUAAUACUUUAGAUUUUUAUUUUAGAGAAAUGCAGGGCGAUGGAAAUAAUAACAUAAAAGAAAAGAAACGAACAGAACGCUCAAAUUCAAAAUUCGCAGGAAACGAAGUUAACGAAAGUGUGAAGUCUUUAAAACCACCGAAAAUCUCGGGUAUCGGUGAAUACUUUGACGUACAUGUUACAAUGGCAGCUCAUCCUGGAAAUUUUACUGUUCAACCAUUCGAUGAUCAGAUCGCCUUAGAGAAAAUGAUGAUUCAUUUGCAAGAGACUUGUCAUUUAUAUGAAGGAGCUGCUCCAACUACAGAAUCGAUAAGAGAAGGAAAACUUUACGCGGCAAAACACAUUGAUGGCCAUUGGUAUAGGGUAUGCAUUUCGAGUAUAAUCAAAGAAAAUAUGGUUAGCGUUUACUUUUGCGAUUUUGGAGAUGUGUCGGUGCUGCCGCUAAGUAAAUUGCAGCCUUUGAAAAGUCAGUUCUUAGAACUUCCGUAUCAAGCUAUUAAAGCAAGGUUGGCUGGGAUCCAACCGAUUAACGUUGACUGGUCCGUCGAGGAUAGUUUAAGGUUUCAAGAAUUGGUCGUGGACAAAAAUUUCGUGUCAGUAGUCGUUGAAUCGAAUUCUGACGGACUUUCUCCUGCUGAUACAAUAUUGGGUUUAAAAUUGAUAGAUGUUAAUACGACUGAAGAUAUUUACAUUGAUAAACUUUUAGUAAAUGAAGGUCGCGCUACAUCUGUUAAUUAAUUAUUCGAUGCAUAUGCCUGCUUAGAUAUGCAUAACGAAAGGAAGACCCGAGUGAUAAAUGAGUUAACACGCGUUAUGCGCUGAAAGGACUUUGUACAGUUUCAGUGAUCAAACUCUGAUGGAUAUCUGCAAAUAGAAACACAUGGAUAGGAGAAAGCUGUAUAGAUGUAUAAAUAUGCACGCGCGCGAGGAUGUGUAUGGAUACGUAUUAUAUUUCUUUAACAUCUAGGUUAGAAUAUCCUUUAAAAUUCGUCACUCUUUUUAUUUAUCUUUUCUCAAGCAGUAAUUUAUUAAUCGACAUUCUAAGAAGUAUAUAAAUAUUUUUACUAAACAGAUAUAUUUCUUAGAGGUAUUUCCUUACACGAUAUAAAGCGACUGCACACAUGCUCUUUAUAUAUUUUUGUUAUCGUAUUUCAUUUUUUCCAUAAGAAUUUUAUUAUUUAAUAAUUACUUUAUUAUUUUGCUACAUGUUAAGAUUUGGCAAAAAACAAACAGCAUUCCAUCUUUGACUUAGUUUAAUAUUUUAUUCAUCAUUAUAUAUUUUCCUUGUAAAAGUCUUCUAAGUUAGAAUAUUAAUAACGGUUGGUAUCCUAAGCUCCAAUGAUUUAUGGGACUUUCUGUUCUAUACGUGAUAAUCAGUUUUAUUAGUUGAUAUUAAUUUCCUUCUUAUUGCACAACCUUUAUUUAUGUUACGGCUAUUCCUAAUUUGCUAAAAUAAUUAAAUUAUAUAUAAUUUAAGAAUAUUAUCGUACCCAUAUUUUAGCAGUUUGAGGUUUAUAUGAAAAAAGUUGAAAGUGAUUCUAUCAGUAUAAAAUAUUCAUACUACAAGUUUAUUUUCGUAAGUCAUUUAUUUCUUUCAUAAUUUACAUUAACCUAAAUACAUACGUGAUGGUUUACUAAAGUAUAAUAUUACAUGUAUUAAUGAUUUAUAAUGAGAUGUUUAAUGAAUAAUGAACUUGUAAUAGUGAAUAAUGUUAUUAUUUUGUUAAAUUAAUAAGAUAAUAUUAUAAAUUAAUGUUCUGUUGCAGUAAAAUAUUAUUUUUGAUAUGUGUAACUUCAUGAAAGGUGCCAAUAAAUUAACAUAAAUAUGUUA